AUGAACUACUCACAUCAUCAUGGACUGCAUCAUUCUUACCGGAAUCAUAGCCAAGGAACCUUUCCGGUGGGGAAGGCUGCUCAGGGUGAGAGGGGAUCAAAUUCUGGAUGCUAUGAGCAGCUUCUCAUCUCCACUGAGGUGUUCCUUACACUUGGGCUUUUCAGUCUCCUGGAGAACAUUAUGGUGAUUGCUGCAAUCAUCAAGAACAAGAACCUUCAUUCUCCCAUGUACUUCUUUAUCUGCAGCCUGGCUGUAGCAGACUUGUUGGUCAGUGUCUCUAAUGCUUCUGAAACAGUGGUCAUGGCACUUAUCACAGGGGGCAACCUGACCAAUCGUGAGAGCAUCAUCAAGAACAUGGACAACAUUUUCGACUCGAUGAUCUGCAGCUCACUGUUAGCCUCCAUUUGGAGUUUGUUAGCCAUUGCAGUGGACCGUUAUAUCACAAUCUUCUACGCUUUGAGGUACCACAACAUCAUGACCCAGCGGCGGGCCGGCAUCAUAAUUACCUGCAUCUGGACCUUCUGCACGGUCUCUGGUGUGCUCUUUAUUGUGUACUCUGAGAGCUCCACUGUUCUGAUCUGCCUUAUUAGUAUGUUCUUUACCAUGUUGGCUCUCAUGGCUUCACUAUACGUCCACAUGUUUCUCCUCGCCCGACUGCAUAUGAAGCGCAUUGCCGCCAUUCCUGGUAAUGGCUCUAUAUGGCAGGCAGCGAAUAUGAAGGGUGCCAUUACUAUUACCAUACUGCUGGGGGUUUUUGUGGUUUGCUGGGCUCCAUUCUUCUUGCACCUCAUCCUCAUGAUCUCCUGUCCACGAAACCCCUACUGCGUCUGCUUCAUGUCCCACUUCAACAUGUAUCUAAUUCUCAUUAUGUGCAACUCAGUCAUUGACCCUCUCAUCUAUGCCUUCAGGAGUCAAGAAAUGAGGAAGACCUUUAAGGAAUUCUGCUGCUGCUGGUAUGGACAGACCUCUCUCUGUGUGUAAGCUUUUACACUCAGUUAGUAGCGUAAGUUUUUGGUCCCUUUUUAAAUUAGGUGUCUUUAACAUCUACAUUACUUAAGUAAUUGCAUAAAAAAUGUUAAGCAUUUGAUUUUUGACUUGACUUAUUGUUUACAUAUGUUUUGUUUCAUUAUACUUCUAUUAAAUACAGUACA